CCAGGCUGGGGCGCCCAGCGUUCUUUGAAAAAGGGGCUGCCAGCGAAGCAGCUCGAGCUCCGUCCGCCUCCCGCCCGCCCCUCCCCCUUCCCGGGCCUGCCUCAUCCUCGGUGGGAGUUCCCUGUGUGUGGGAGUUUCCCCCUCCAGAGGCCAGCGAACAAACGUCACAGGCCCGGAUCUUCAACUCCCGAGUUCCUACCCUGCCCUGAUGGCCACUGGUACCACUCCCCACAGCCCGCUGUACCGGGUCCUGGUCCGGGUGUCUGAGAGCUGCUCUGGAAUAGAGAAGAAGCUGCAGAAGUAUUUCCAGAACCCAUGUAAGUCUGGGGGAGGCAAGUGCAGGGUCAAAGCCGGUCCCAAUGAAGGCACUUUCUGGGUAGAGUUUUAUAAACGACAAGCCAAAGAAGGUGUGAUAGCAAAGGGAGAUCACUCUUUGGCAGUCAGUGAUACAUCACAUGUGACCAUCUUCCUAGAAGCAAAUGAAGACCCAGAAGAAGAGAACAGUACUGUGGAGAUAAGCCAGCUUUCCUCUCCAACUCAGUCAGUCCCAGAGGAAUUUCCAGAUGGAGGAGGUGCUGCUAGCUCCUCUGAUUCCUUCACUAAGAAGAUAUUUCUCCAUGUAAGGGCCCGGCUGAACUUCAAGCUUUCCAAAGAGCGAAGGGAGGAAAUUAUUAACCUCUGCCCAAAUGUCAAAAUAGAAGGAGGCCUUGAUGGACCUGAGAAAGUGAUUGGUGACUUUGAGGAUAUUAAAAAAAUUUAUCAAUUCUUACGUGAGAAGAUGGUGGAAGAUGAGCAAAAAGAUGAUUUCCCCCCCUCCGCCUCAGCAAGAGAAGUUGAGCACAAUGUGCCAAAUGACGGAGACAGUUCUAGUCUUCGCUCA